CGCAAGGCCGACGUGAUGUAAAGUGGUGGUGUGUGGCAAUCCGGUUGUUUGAAAAUACGAAUGAGUGUUCAUGUGCAGGAAGACAAUGUGUCUAACAAGAAGAUACAGUUUGUAUAAGAAAUUGUAGCCUGCCUUUGUGAAACGCAAGGUCAAGAAGAAGUUUGUUGCAUCUGUAGUUUGAACGAUGAUAUCCGAUUUCCUGGGAAGUCCUCCUACAACAGUGUUCGGGUCCAGAGAGACGGGGAGAAAUGAAGCCCAAAAGAUCCCCAGUAGUCAAGAAAGUGGCCGCUCGAUGCUGGAUAGAAGCUAACUUCCAGAAGCGUGAGUGCAUCAGGUUCGUUCCCAGCCCCAAAGAUGAACACAGGUGCUUCUGUGGUCUGUCCUUCACCUUCCACUGUGGCACGGGUUUGGACGUGGACAGUUACAAGGUGCUGGAGCAGCAGCAGUGGACACCAUCCAGGAACACACAGCCGUCGCCGACUGACGCUUAUGGCACCAUCGAGUUUCAGGGCGGGCCACACCCGAGCAAAGCCCAGUAUGUGCGCCUGGCAUAUGACACCAGACCGGAACUGAUCUUGCAGCUCUUCACCAGGGAGUGGAGCUUGGAGCUGCCAAAACUGCUUAUCACAGUGCAGGGAGGCAAAGCCAACUUUGAGCUGCAGCCGAAGCUCAAGAAAGUUCUGCGCAAGGGCUUGCUGAAGGCUGCAAAGACCACUGGAGCAUGGAUCUUUACUGGUGGCACAAACACAGGUGUGACGAGGCAGGUUGGCGACGCAUUGCUGCUGGAACGUUCCCAACGCAGUGGACGAGUGAUUAGCAUUGGCAUAGCUCCCUGGGGCAUUGUCGAGAACAACCACGAGCUCUGCGGACAUAACCGUGAUAUCCCGUAUCACUCCAUAUCCUCACCCAGGUCUAAGUACGCAGUUCUGAAUAAUCGGCAUGCGUAUUUCCUGCUGGUUGACAAUGGAACUUCAGGAAAAUAUGGAGCAGAGCUCAUUCUAAGAAGAAAACUGGAGAAGUACAUAUCCAUUCAGAAAUUGCAUCAAGGUACUCACUGCAGCACUCCAGUGGUGUGUCUUGUGAUAGAAGGUGGCACCAACACCAUUAGAGCAGUGCUGGAAUACGUGACAGAUACGCCCCCUGUCCCAGUAGUAGUGUGCGAUGGAUCAGGGCGUGCAGCAGAUCUUCUGGCUUUUACUCACAAGUAUGCAUCUGAAUCUGGGGAGCAGACUGUCCUGGAAAGCAUGAAGGAUUACUUGAUCAGCACCAUAGAACGCACGUUUGAAGUGGGUGUGGAACAGGCUGAGUGUCUUUACUCGGAACUGCUGCAGUGCACUCGAAAAAAGAAUCUGAUCACUGUGUUCCGUAUCACAGACCGACCAGAGGAGACAUCUCAAGAACUUGAUCAGACGAUCCUUACAGCUCUUUUUAAGAGUCAGCACUUGUCUCCAUCUGAACAACUGAGCCUUGCUCUCACGUGGAAUCGAGUGGAUAUUGCACGUUCUGAAAUAUUUGUGUAUGGACAAGAAUGGCCUCCAGGGGCUCUGGAUGAGGCCAUGAUGCAGGCGCUUGAACAUGAUCGUAUUGACUUUGUUAAACUUCUACUGGAGAAUGGAGUUCAUAUGAGGAAGUUCCUGUCUAUACCUCGUCUUGAGGAGCUAUACAACACGAAACAAGGACCUUCAAACACAUUGGGCUACAUUCUAAGAGAUGUUCGACCUCAUAUUCCCCGAGGCUACAUUUACACUCUGCAUGAUAUAGGAUUGGUCAUCAACAAACUGAUGGGUGGAGCUUACAGGUCGUAUUACACUCGACGCAAAUUCCGGCUCAUCUAUGCCAAAGUGAUGAAGAAGUCACCACAUGUUCAUCGAAACAGCUCAUCCUUUAUCCGUUACUAUGGAAACACCAAUGUGACAUUGAGUCUCCUGGCAGAAACCCUCCCAACUUCAAAGGAGGCUGCUUUGUUUGAUUAUCCAUUCAACGAACUGCUUACAUGGGCAGUGUUGACCAAGAGGCAACAGAUGGCUUUGCUCAUGUGGCAACAUGGCGAAGAAGCACUAGCUAAAGCUCUGGUGGCCUGCAAGCUCUAUAAAGCUAUGGCUCAUGAAGCAGCUGAAGAUGACUUGGAGACGGAGAUAUAUGAGGAGUUACGCAACUAUGGGAAAGAAUUUGAGAAUAUUGCUCUGGAGCUCCUGGAUUUCUGCUACCGGCAGCAUGAUGACCAGACGCAGCAGCUGUUGACGUGUGAAUUGCAGAACUGGAGUGGACAAACCUGCUUGAGUCUGGCAGUAGCAGCCAAUCAUAGGGCUCUACUUGCUCACCCCUGCAGUCAGAUCAUACUUGCUGAUCUCUGGAUGGGCGGUUUACGCACACGCAAAAAUACCAACCUUAAGGUGAUACUGGGACUGCUGUGUCCAUUCUACAUUGCAAAACUGGACUUCAAGUCCAAAGAAGAACUGCAGCUGAUGCCCCAGACUGAAGAGGAACAUUUGAUUGGUCUUGAGGAAGAAAAUGAGAGCACAGAGGGGCAGUCCACAGAGUCCCAUCACAACGUGGAUCCAGAUGCAGAGAACAAUCCACGAAAGUUUAGCGUCAGGAGCAACUCAGCAGGCCAGCAGGGUACCAAGACUUUGAUUGCUCAUGGAAAUUAUGGUAUGAGAGCCACCAUUGUUCAGGAAAAUGGAAAAGUUGUAACUGAAGGUGAUGACAUGAACCAGCAUUUCCAUUUACCUUUGGAUUAUUUUGAAGUGAAAAACAACCGACCCCUGAGACUCAGAAAGAAACUGUAUGAGUUCUACACUGCACCAAUAACAAAGUUUUGGGGACACUCAAUUGCAUAUAUUGUCUUCUUGGUAACUUUCACGUAUGUGGUGCUGGUGAAGACGGACAUUAAACCUUCGUGGCAGGAGCUGUACACUAUUGCUUAUGUAAUCACAUUGGCUUGUGAGAAAGUAAGAGAAAUUGUAUCCUCAGAGCCAGUUGCCAUCAGCCACAAGCUCUCAGUUUGGGCAUGGAACAUGUGGAACCCGUGUGAUGCUGCAGCCAUAAUCUUCUUUCUCAUAGGGUUAUGUCUGCGUCUGCGCGUCUCCUCAAUGCAAGUUGGUCGUCUUAUUUUCUGUGUAGACAUUGUCUACUGGUACCUUCGUAUUCUGAAUAUCCUGGGUGUGAACAAGUAUCUUGGCCCACUUGUCACAAUGAUGGGAAAGAUGGUCAAGAACAUGAUUUACUUUGUUGUUCUUCUCCUUGUGGUAUUGAUGAGUUUUGGAGUGUGUCGUCAGUCAAUUCUCUACCCAGACAAGGAGCCGAGUUGGUUUCUAGUUCGGGAACUCUUCUUCCAGCCAUACUUCAUGUUGUAUGGUGAAGUGUUUGCAGACAGUAUUGACCCUCCAUGUGGUGAUGACCCUGGCUUGGAAAAGUGUCAGAUGGGUCAUUGGAUUACUCCUGCUGCAAUGGCGAUUUACCUCCUUGUGGCUAACAUUCUUCUUAUCAAUUUGCUUAUUGCUGUCUUCAACAACAUUUUCAAUGAGGUGAAUGCCAUUUCACAUCAAGUUUGGAUGUUCCAGCGAUUCACAGUUGUCAUGGAGUAUGAAGAGAAACCUGUACUUCCUCCACCACUCAUUGUGCUGUGCCAUGCAUUUCUAUUGUUCAAAUAUUGUCACCGUAAAGUCCGUGGUGUCCGAGAAUUGUAUGACAAUGCCCUGAAACUAUUUCUGGACCAUGAUGACUUGGAACGACUGUACGAUUUUGAAGAAGAGUGUGUGGAGGGUUACUUCCGAGAGCAAGAAUCAAAAUUGCAUAUGUCAAGUGAUGAGCGCAUCAAGAACACAGCUGACAGAGUAGAAAACAUGUACCAGAAAGUAGAAGACAUUAAUCAGAAGGAAAACAAUCAAAUGACAGCUAUUCAAGGCGUUGAGUUUCGCAUAAGGAAAUUGGAGGACCUUGCUGACCAAACAUUGUCUCACCUGGCAGUUAUCCAUCGGUUUAUGGCAACUCAUGUGCGGGAUCCUUUGUCCAUGUCUGAUUUACCAGAUAUCAAGUUGGGUAGUGAAAGAAUAAGACUCUAUAGUGAGAGGUCUGAUGAUCUCAAGACUUUGUCAGAAACUUCAGAAAAGAUUCAUUUACAACCCGUGUUGAGCAGAGAACGAAAGAGGCCCACACGCUCCCUUACAGAAGUUAGGCCUGAUUCAUUUCUGCUUGGUGAAAUUUUGCAUGAGCGGCUAGAUGAUGAUAAUUGGAACACAGAUAAACAAAUUUCCAAAUCUGAGGAAGAACGUGAGGAAGAAGAAGAAGAAGAAGAAGAAGAAGGUGGAAUAUCAGAGGUGUCACAGCCUGCCAGGAAGAGAGUACCAUAUCAGCUUACUAAACAGAUGAGUAUGUCACGCAGUUCCCUCUUGGAGCCAGCUGACAGCCAUUCAGGAAGCAAUGAAGAAGGCAUAGCAGAUGUUGGAGAAAAUCAAGGCAGUACACAGUCACAUGACUUUUUUAGAAGUAACUCUUCAGAUUUUCGACCAGAGAGAAGGGACUCCAGUACAAAAAGUAACAGAAAGCACAGCCUUGAAAUCAGUGAUGGUUCUGAAAGAGGCAGUGUGAUGCAGCGUCCUGCACUGGCAAGACGACAAAUCAGCAAGACCCAUUCUGAACCAGAGAAUGCCAUUGGACCUGAUUCCCAGGAAGAUAAUGACUUCCCACGAGCAGCUGUAGUAGAACGCAGUGUGACAUGGGCGGAGCCCCGAAUAACUGUGAUACCCCCCAGUACCAAAUCCAAUCCACGUGCAGUGCUGUUAGCCAUGCAUUCAGAAUACACAAGCAUCACAGAUGAGCUUGAAACAGUGUGUGGCCUUCUCAGUCCCCCACACACACCCAGAUUGCUGUCACCUCCACGACCUGGUGAGAAUAAGCCUCACCGAACUCGCCACACUUCAGAACUGUCUAACCCUGAGAUGGCUCUUUACCUGGAAAAGGAGCAUCUGCGAGAUGCUGAGGAAAAUGAUUACCAGCUGAUGAAGACAUUGAUACAUCAGCAUGAUGAAGAGGAGGCUGCAGAAAGUAGUGCCUUUUUCCUCAAAGUGACCAGUGAGGCGCCUGAGUUCCGCAGUCGUUCCCUUCAACGCAGCAGUGCCAUAGAAGUGAAAGAUUUCCCCACCCCACGUGCACAAGGCAUGCCAGCCAUCUUCUGCACUGACAUUGAUGCCCAGCAACUGCAGGUUCUUCACACAGAGACUGUACCUGAACGGGCAACAAGAUCAGGGACUGACGACAAAGCAAGCCCGUUGCCCACAUCAGAGACCAUGUGCUGAUGGAAAACAUAUGCUUGAGACACAGUCUAACUUUUUGUUUGUUGUAUCAUGCAACUCCUGUCUCUGUAACAGUGCGUAUCCGCAUUGCAACAGCCACCAUAUCAAUUGACCUUACUAUUAUGAAAAUUGUGAUCACCAAAGUGAAACUUUUUUGGCCUAAUGCAUACAUAUAGUCUUUAAUUAAUGGUAGGGACACAUAAAUAAGUGGUCUGAAGUAGUUGACCUUUGUUUCAAAUGAAAACACCACAUUUCCAUAAGCAUCAGUGAUAUGGCUUUAAAGUAUGCACAAGAAGGCUUUAAUUACUUAAUAGGAUAGAUAUUUGCACAUGUUUGGCAAGAGUGUAUUUGUUUAUAGUACCUUUGUAUGAACUGAAUGAGUUUGCAUGUUCAAGUAGAAAAACAUUAUCUCAUAAAUUUGUGAUGAUAAGUGAAAUAUUUUUUUAAAUAUUGAAUUUAUUAAUGUUAGUGCAUUUAAAUGUUAAUUUUAUGACUUCUUGUCAUCACAGGUCUGAGUAAAAUUGUAGUCCAGUAGAAAAGUUCUUUCCCGUUGCUGUCAUGAAUAGUAACAAAACAGCAUAUCCCUUGAAUUAUAUUAAUAUGAAGUAUUCAUUCACAUUUAUCAUGAUACACAGAUGUCUUUUAAUUCCUUUACAGUAAAAGAUGUGAAUCUUUAGUUACUCACAAAAAGAGAUCUUUUAGUAUGUCUUUGUGAGGUUUCAGUUAUCUCAUGAGAUAUGUAUUAUCUCUCUAAAUGUCUCACAUAAAGUUUUUUGUAAAAGAAUAUAGAACCAUUAUGCUUAUUCCAUUGCUUGCAUUAGUUUCAUGAUGAAUGAAAGCUGUAUGUGACAUGUGAAAAUAGUAAAUCUUUUACUGUUUUGAUGAUCAUGAUGGAAAUACCCAAAAUAUUUUUGGUGAACGGCUAAAUGCAUAAAUAUCCAGUAGAAAGUAAAUAGGUUUAGGGUCAUUAUUCAGAAGAGGGCACAAAAACAGCAAUUUAAAGCAGAACCAUGUGUGCAUGGUUUAGAGAUGGACAAGAUAGCUAUAUAGUGAAGUAAUGUUGGGAAAAAGCUUUCCUAGAGUUUACUGAAUUCUGUAGUGUCAUGGGAGCAUUUAUAAUGAAUGUGUGCAAUCAGACUUUUCCACUGUUUAUGGUGAUUUUCUACUUGUACAGUCAUUUUAUAUUUUCACUUGUGAUACAAAAUGCAGUGAUAUGUACAGGCAAAAUGAAGCAAUAGACUUUACUAUGUAUUUUAGGAUGCUGUGGAAUUUGUUGCUAAGGAAUAUGGUGAUAUAAUUAUAAAACAUUGCACACAACAAAAUGUUCUUUCUAUAUAAUUUAAGACAGGAAACACCAAUUGCUUUGCUUCUUUCAUAUAACAGUUUAAACAAAGAGAUCUUUGAAUUGUCCUGUGCUUAGUGCUAGACAUUGUAUUUAUGUCAUUGAAUACAUUCUUUCUGUUCUCCA